AUGAGUGAUGUCGAGGCAGUUUCUUUCCCAGCUGCCCUGGACGUCGGUCAGAACAUUGCUCCGGUGAAGCCUGAUCCUGUUGCGCUUUCACCGGGAAAUGCAGACUCCCACCGGGUAGAUGAGGGUCCCAAUAAUGUUAAUGUGCAGGAAGGGCCUCCUAGUCCCAGGGCGGACUCGGAGGCGGAAACCAUAAUCCAGUCCGGUCGAGAGUCUCUGUCACCAGAGAAGAAAAGAAAGCAUAUAAAGCACGAUCCGAGUCGCCGUGAACCCAAUGGAAUCGAUGGACAACGAAAAAAGCCCCGGGUUGUCACCGAACGAGAACGGACUCGUUCGCCCCAUCGAGAGAUCUCGCCAUCCAUGGUUAAGAUCGAGAAGGUUGAUGAUGCUUUGCAUGGGACGGAAGGUGUACCCAAUGGAAUCGAUCACGCGAGGCCUCGCGCUUUCCGAAAGCGAAGCUUGAGCGAUAGCGCCGAUGAACAGCGCGAGCAUCGUCGCGCCCACUCUCACGCCUCCCACCCAGCUCGAGAGCUCAAGCAUAACAACAACACGCGGUUAUCCAGGCCACCGUCGAAUGCGCGAUCGCUGUCACCGAACCGUCGGUCUCAUCAACGGUCUGCGUCUGGUUCUCAGUUCCCAAGCAAGAAGAAGGCACCGACCCCCCUGCUUUCUGGAUUUAGCCGACACAGCUCUGAAGAUCGACAGUCAACUGAUUCUUCGACGAGUGGCUCGCCUCUACCAGGUGCGCCGCACCUGCGAAAACUUGGAUCUGGGGCAGGUGCAUCUGCAUCUCCCGCAAAGCAGAUGGGACCGAAGAAGUUGCGCGACAAGAGCGGCCGGACUCCUCUUGCACGGGCAUGCGCAGAUCGGAAGCACGAUCAAGUGAUGAUGCGCCACGCGGAACGACCCGAGGACAUUAAUAUCCCUGAUAAUGCAGGCAACACCCCCCUGCAAAUCGCAUCACUUGCCGGUGAAGCCGAAAUCGUCAAGUUCCUGCUCGAAGCAGGUUGUGAGAUCAACACGAAGAAUAUUGAUAAAGACACCCCGUUGAUCGAUGCUGUGGAGAAUGGUAAUGUGGAAGUGGUGAAGCUCUUGCUUGAUGCAGGUGCCAACCCGCGAACUGUUAAUGCCGAAGGCGAUGAACCCUUCGAGCUUGUCCCAUCGUUCGUUGACGAUGAUGAAUACGAAGAAAUGCGAAAGGCGCUGGCUGACGCCAAGGCCAACUUGAGGCCCGGGCGGCGCUCUGAGGAAAAUACGAGACCAGAGAGCAAAGAACCAUCGUCAAGACGGGCAUCGGCAGCGAGGGGAUCGGCAGCUAGCCCUCGAGAUUCACCGCCGAUGCGCAGUCCUCCCCCUGCAGGUUCUGCGGCAAGUCGAAGGAAAGGUGGACGAAGUGAAGCCACAAGAAAUGAUUUGUUGUGGACAAAACCAACAUUUGAGAAUCUUCGUGAAUUUGCUGCGAAGGGUGAUGAGGCGGGAGUGGUCAGCAUCCUGAACAUCCUGCAGAAGGCUGAUAACGCAUCUUUGAUUGCUGCUGCGAAAGGCGGUCACCAUGACGUGCUCUCUCUCCUGUAUGCUAUGGGUAAUGCGGAUGCCGACCCAAAUCCACUGCGAGGUCAAAAGCCAGGUUACAACACACCCAUGCUUGCUGCGAUCGGUCGAGGAAACAGCGCCGUUAUCCAGUUGAUUUUAAACCAGCCUGGUUUUAAUCCCACUCGUCGAUUGUAUGAAGACAGAACUUAUUUUGAUCUGUCGCGAGGUCGAAUGGGAGAAAACUGGGAGGACGAAUACCAGAUCCUGAAGGAUGCGUAUGAGAAGUUCCCAGGAGACAAGAGCAGGAAAGACGAUUCCCCCCGCCGUGCACGCAAAGAAAAAGAAGACAAACGUGCCGCCCGCCGAAGUUCCUCUUCCCCCGUCCGCACGAAAAAGCUCAACCUCAGCCCCACCAGCAAUCGCAACCGCGAUUCUUUCAAAGAUCUCGACCCCACAAAAGAAAAGCGCCAAAAAGACGACCAUUCACGACCAUCUGACCCCAAACCAAAAUCCUCCCUAUCAGCCAGACGCGACAGUGAAUCCAGCGGGAUGACUCGAAACGACGAAGUCAAAAAGCGCCGUCUCAUUCCCGGCCGUCGGCCCCAGGAACGCAGACCCAGCCUUUUCUCCUCAGAUUCUCUUUCCGGACGUGACGAAGCACCGAAACCUCGCGAAGCAGACAACUCGCUCUCACUCAAGCGUAUUCGCACGGAUCGCUCCCCCGAACGCUCUCGAUCCCGCGGGAGCGAGAGUGGCCGGAUGUCUCCCGAGUCGCGCCCGAAGAAGAGACGGAACGUGUCAGAGGACCAUGCCACAAAUGGUGCCCCGCGAUCUGAUGAGCAGAAGCCCCGCCGACCAGAAGAUUCAAACCGUCCUGACCAUCCGAAAUCCGAAGUCAAGAAAACUUCCACUCGUCCUCAUUCACCUUCUCGCGACGCUCGCAAGGAUGUGGAUGUGAAGCGAGUGAAUGAUAAGGGUGUUGUUGAUGCGGAUGCUAAGCGUGCCGAACUCGAGGCUGAGGAUCGGCGCCGGGCUCAGGCCAGGAAGGCACAGGAAGAGCGCGCUGCUGAUGACAAGCGCAUAGCGGAUGACAAGCGUGCCGCGGAUGACAAACGAAUCACAGAAGAGAAGCGGGCUGCAGAGGAGAAGCGUGUCGCAGAUGAUAAGCGAGCUGCAGAAGAGAAACGGAUUGCAGACGACAAGCGAGCUGCUGAUGACAAGCGUGCCGCAGACGAAAAGCGUGCCGCAGACGACAAGCGCAUUGCGGACGAAGCCGAGCGGGAACGACUUGCCAAAGAAGAAGCCGAUCGAGCUGCUCAAGUUGCGCGCGAGAAGGCCGAUGAAGAAGAUCGCAAGCGUAAAGAGGCUGAUCAACGACGUGCUAAACAAGCCGAGGAUGAUCGACUCAAGCGGUUGGAGCAAGAACGGGCUCGCAUUGCAAAAGUGCGUCGUGAUCGGGAAGCUCACGAGAGACAACGUCGUGACGCACUUCCCGGCCGUCUUCGAGUGGCAGCGAACCUUGUGGGCUCCCAUGACCCACGAGCCAAAAGUCACGACUGGCUCCAGUCUUUCAUGCCCCUCGUCACUGCGCUCACUCGUCAACUUGAUCCAGGCUGUGCCCUUGAUAUGGCGGAAGAGAAAUGGAUUCCAAACUACCUGGUAGCACCCCUCUUGGCGACCAAUGACCUGCAACUCUCACAGUAUGCUAGCUGGGAGAAGCGCAAAGCGACUCCAACCCAGCGCGUGAAUUUAUGGCGAGUCACCCGCCGCAUGUUGAAUCAUACGGAAGCGCUUGCCGAGUCAAGCUUUGGGCAAGUCAUGCAGCAGGAUUGUGAAACCAGGCCAAAGUACUUUGACAUGGAACACGUCUUUUGGAUCAGACUUUCUGAUUUCACCGACCUUGUUCCCCACAUCCCUCACCUUCACGGCCUUGAGCUACAAUUCCUGAGCAUGCACGUCGAUCCCGAACCGCCAGUAGCUGGUUCUGGGUUCGGCGCUCACACCAACGGCCACGGUCCGGAUCCUACCGAAACCAACGGCACCGGGCCGAUCAAUGGCUAUGGUCAUCCUCGAUCGAGUACAUACGUCUAG